AUGCUGCGUAUAGAAAACAGAAAGGGCGAAAAAGCUCAAGGAGAAGGGAGAAGAAAAAAGAAGGAAAAAAAGACAUACAACACCGAGGAUUCGCUGGUCGUCACCGACCCAACUACUGACUCGGCCAUUACCAGCUUGACUAAGGGAGAGCGGACGGGAUCCCGUAUUUUCUGGUAG